GUAACCACACGCACACACAUCUAUAUUUUCCAACUCCACCUCUGGCAGGUUGUGAUUUCCACUGUCAGAAAUUGCUUUUUCAAUAUCUCUCUCUCUAAUUAUGAGCCCCGCUAAAGGGGUCUUGCCACCAGAAUACCAAUUUUAUACAAUUUAUUUCCUUCUUGGCUGGAAUAAUUCUCGUGUCCUAGCCUCUAACAAUGAAGACAUCAUGUGCGUGUGCGUGUGUGCGCGUUCUUGCUACAUUAUCACCAGUGGGCCUUUCCAAUCCUUCCCUUGAGGUGGUGAUUAGCAAAACACAAGGAAAGGGAGGGCGGCGGUGAUGAUGCCCAUCUUUCAGUCUUAUCUCCACGCCAACGAGGACAAAAUGUAAGAUGUUCUACUAAGCACCGUCAAGCUUGUGGCGAGAAAAGCGGAAAACCACCAAAUUUCAAUAUACAAGCCGCCGCACCACCAAGCACCGCCCCUUCGCUGCCAACAAGGGGUUAACUCGAGCGCCUCUCUUCGUUUCCCCUUUUGAUUGACAUGUGGGAACCCUGCGCUCCAAUCAACGAAGGGACAGCCGAGGACCCACGUGGGGGUGCUCAUCUCCUAUUGGCUCGUUCCACUAGCUCCGAAACCGAGCCCCACGUGGAGAUUUUCAUUCAAUCACUACUGAGAACAAUUCCACGGAGCCCCAUCUUUCCCCCUUUAAAUAAACGUGUUUUUAAUUACGUCGACUGAUUUAAAUUGCAUUCGUGUAAACCUAAUUCAAUAAAAAGUUCAACCUUUUGGUGAAAUGGUGAUAUUGGCUAGCGCGAGUAGCUUCGCCGUAGUAUUUACAACAAACUAUGGAUGUCUGUGAGCGUGGGGGGUGCAUUUAAACCCCAAACCCCUCCUUUCUUUAAGAACUCAUGUUAUGUCCCAUUGAGGAUGAGAGAGGGGGGUGAGAGAGGGUGAGGGAGUGUUGUGUGAAAGGAGUGCAGGCCAACGACGGAGACAAAAGAGGCUGCGGCUGCAUUCAAUGUGCUGCUGUUGUGUGUCCGUCUGCGAGCCGCUCCUCCUCCUCUACGCCAAGAAAGAAAGAAAGCGAGCGAGAGAGAGAGAGAGAGAGAGAGGCCAAACGAUACCGUACUACCAGCCGGACACGUCCUCAAGUUUUGGGAGACUUUAGUGGAGAGGGACCCCACCGGGAAGGCUUCCAAAGAGGGACCGGUCCUUGCUCCUCCUGCCCCGGCCUCACGCGUCGAGAGCGGGGCGGCGCUGCUCCAGGAGAGCCGCGGUAGCCAGAACAAAGGAAGGCGAGGAAUGAACGAGCAUUAAGAACAGCCUUUUUUUUGCCAAAUGUACCACUAAAACGACUUCAAAGCCCUUCUCGUAUUCCUCGACUAAGCUUUUCCGUCUCGCCGGGGGACAAGAAGGACAAUAACCGUACGGAGACGCACGUUUGCGGGCAGAAUGUUCCCCCAAAACCGAGCACCGGCACCUCUACAGCCACCCCCGGGGUCCUCGGCCUCCGUGGUGGCAGCGGCAGCGGCGGCCGCAGCAGCGUCGGGGACACCACAGUCGCUGAAGUUGACGUAUCCAGAGACGUUGGAUCGCAUCAAAGAGGAAUUCCAGUUCCUACAGACCCAGUAUCACAGUUUGAAGCUGGAAUGUGAGAAACUGGCCACCGAAAAGACUGAGAUCCAGAGACACUACGUUAUGUAUUACGAGAUGUCCUACGGCCUUAACAUCGAAAUGCACAAACAGACGGAGAUUGCCAAACGGCUGAAUGUGAUCUGUGCCCAACUCAUCCCAUUCCUGUCACAGGAGCACCAGCAACAGGUGGUCCAAGCUAUGGAGCGCGCCAAACAGGUGACCAUGGGGGAGUUAAAUGCUUCCAUAGGGGUACGUGGGCUCCCCCCUCUGCCUCAUAGCCAGCAGCUUCAGGCACAGCACCUUUCUCAGCACGCUCAGGGUCUGCCGGUGGGACCGCACCCGUCGGGAUUACCCCACCCAGGCCUGGCACUGGGUGGGGGCUCUGGUUUGCUGGCCUUGUCGGGAGCGCUGGGGGCCCAGCUGGCCGCCAAAGACGAAAGGGCUCACCUGGAGGCAGCUGCCGCUGCGGCAGCGGCCGCCGAACAACAUCGAGACCGGGAAGCUGGACCAAGCUCUCUGUCCAAUGGGGACAAAGGUCGCUCAGCAGACUACCUCAGCAACGGCAAGAAGAGGAAAGCUGACGAGAAGGAAUUCAUGACUGACUAUGGCAGCGAUGCAGAUAAAAGUGAUGAUAACUUGGUGGUUGAUGAGGACCCGUCGUCACCCCGCAGUGUGCAGUCCUACUCCUCCAGGGAGAACGGCCUGGAUAAGAUGCCACCCUCUCGCAAGGAAGGCCCGCCGCAAGCCAGCCCCACCUCACUGGCAUCCUCCAGCAGUGCCGCGUCACCGUCGCGUGGCAAGGAGCCCACACAGAGAGAAAAGUCCAGCACUCCAGGUAUGAAGCCAGGUACCCCAAUGUCCCAAGAGUCCAAUACCCCUGGACCUAGCGGACCACCGCAAUUCAGACCCAUCCCCAGCAAACCUGGUGUCGACCCACUAGCUCUGGGUCUAAGGAAUCCCUUGGUCGUGCAGGGAGCAUACCCUCCGGGGGCUUUCGGUCUGCCACCUCCCGGGGUCAACGGGGACCUGCCUGGGGCAGCGGCUUACGGCGCCGGCCUUCACCUGGUGUCCCCGCAGAUGAAUGGAGCGGCGGCGGCUGCUGCUGCAGCGGCGGCGGCAGCAGCGGCGGGCUACGGACGCUCCCCAGUGGUGGGCUAUGAGUCCCCUCACCCACACAUGAGAGUGCCCGGGUUGCCGGCCAGCCUUCAGUCGGCUGCCUCUGGAAAACCGGCUUACUCGUUCCACGUGAGCGCUGACGGGCAGAUGCAGCCUGUGCCCUUCCCGCCGGACGCCCUGCUAGGCCCGGGCAUCCCUCGUCACGCCCGGCAGAUCCACAGCCUGAGCCACGGCGAGGUGGUAUGCGCUGUCACCAUCAGCACAUCCACGCGUCACGUCUACACGGGAGGCAAAGGCUGCGUGAAGGUCUGGGACAUCAGCCAGCCGGGUAGCAAGAGUCCCAUGGCACAGCUCGAUUGUCUGAACCGCGACAACUACAUCCGCUCGUGUAAACUGUUGUCGGAUGGACGCACGCUGAUCGUGGGCGGCGAGGCCAGCACGCUGUCUAUCUGGGACCUGGCCACGCCCACCCCUCGCAUCAAAGCCGAGCUGACAUCGUCGGCGCCCGCCUGCUACGCUCUGGCCAUCUCGCCCGACAACAAGGUGUGCUUCUCUUGCUGCAGUGACGGGAACAUCGUCGUCUGGGACCUGCACAACCAGACGCUCGUCAGACAGUUCCAGGGCCACACGGACGGAGCCAGCUGCAUCGACAUCUCCAACGACGGCACCAAGCUGUGGACGGGAGGACUGGACAACACGGUGCGCUGCUGGGACCUGAGGGAGGGACGCCAGCUGCAGCAGCACGACUUCACAUCACAGAUCUUCUCUCUGGGUUACUGUCCGACGGGCGAGUGGCUGGCUGUGGGGAUGGAGAGCAGCAACGUGGAAGUCCUCCACGUGUCUAAGCCCGACAAGUACCAGCUGCACCUUCACGAGAGCUGCGUGCUCUCGCUCAAGUUCGCCUACUGCGGUAAAUGGUUUGUGAGCACGGGUAAAGACAACCUACUGAACGCAUGGCGGACACCUUACGGCUCCAGUAUAUUCCAGUCCAAGGAGUCUUCGUCCGUGCUGAGCUGCGACAUCUCCCCCGACGACCAGUUCAUCGUGACGGGCUCAGGGGACAAGAAAGCCACCGUCUAUGAAGUCAUCUACUGAACAGACACUCAACUACUUUUUGUUUGUGAAAGAAUGACCAGAAGACUCUGAACUUUUUUUUUUAAACACUCCGACAAGGCCUCUUAGUGGAUAGCUGAUUGAGCAAGUGUGGGAUUCCUCCAAAGAUGUUUUUUUUUUUU